AUGGAGUUUUUGGAGAACAAGACCAUUUUUGUCAUUGGUGCCCUUGGCUUUCUAGGGAAGAUUAUGGUAGAGAAAAUAUUACGAGUUCAACCAAAUGUGAAGAAACUUUAUCUACUUUUACGAAGUGUGGAUGAAAUUACAGCCACAAAACGUUUCUACGACGAGGUUGUAGAGAAGGAUCUCUUUAGACUAUUAAAGGAAAAAUGGAGUGGCAAUCUCGAUACCUUCAUUUCAGAGAGAAUUUCUUUAGUACAUGGAGAUGUCGCAUGCCCAAAUAUGGGAUUGAAAGACUCAAAUUUACUGAAAGAGAUGAAAAAUCAAGUGGAAAUAAUUAUUAAUUUAGCUGCAACAACUAAUUUUGACGAAAGAUAUGAUGUAGCAUUUGGCACUAAUACAUUGGGGGCUAAGCAUGUAUUAAGCUUUGCAAAGAAAUGUUCCAAUUUGAAAGUUCUUAUCCAUAUAUCCACUGCUUAUGUUUCAGGUGAAAGAAAAGGGGGACUUAUUCUCGAAACUCCAUGCAAAUUAGAUGAGUCUUCUAAUAAAGCUAUAAAAUUGGACAUUGAAAUUGAACAAAAAGUAAUCGAAGAGACACUAAAUGAAUUCAGAAAUAAAAAAAGCACAGAAGAAACUAUUACCUUGGCCAUGAAGGAUUUGGGUCUAAAAAGGGCAAUGAUAUAUGGAUGCCCAAACACAUAUACGUUUACAAAGGCAAUGGGUGAGAUGAUGGUUAGUGAUGAAAAGGACGGUAUACCUUUGAUCAUCAUACGACCAACCAUAGUUACAAGCACUUACAAAGAACCUUUUCCGGGUUGGAUUGAAGGUUUGAGGACGAUCGAUAGCUUCAUCGCGGGGUAUGCUAAAGGAAAAGUAACAUGCUUUCCUUGCGAUGAUAAAUCAAUUCUUGAUUUGAUUCCAGCCGAUAUGGUAAUAAAUGCAAUUAUCAUGGCAAUAGUGACACAUAUGUUCCAACCAUCUAAUCAAACAUUAAUAUAUCACGUGGGUUCCUCGACGAGAAAUUCUAUAAGACAUAUGGAUUUUCACAAUUAUCUUCUCCGAUACUUCACUAAGAAACCAUGGAUCAAUAAAGAUGGAAGUAUCAUCCAGAGUAAGAAAAUCACCUUAUUCAACGACAUGGAAAGUUUCCAUAGAUAUAUGACCCUUCGCUAUUUGAUUUUCCUCAAGGGACUGGAAUUUGUGAACAAGGCAUUAUGCUACUCUUUUCAAGACACAUACAUUGAUCUCCAGAGGAAAUUCAAUUGGGUGAUGCGACAAAUUGAGCUUUAUCGUCCAUAUCUAUUCUUCAAAUCCAAAUUUGAUGACACCAACUUCGAAAAAUUGAGGAUUGCUACACAAGAAUGUGACAGAAAUGCAAUAAAUACAUUGUUUAUGGACCCUAAGGAUAUUAGCUGGGAGGAUUACUUUGUAAAUAUUCACAUUCCUGGACUUAUCAAACAUGUUCUCAAAUGA